GUACACAUCGUUCUACCAGCCUCGUGUCGUUAACAACUCCUGCCAUUCACUUCGACCAUUGGCCCUUCAGGCUCGUUGUAGCUUUCUCUCUCUCCUGCACUAACGAUAGCCAGGGUGGUUCUAGCCAUUGGCAUUAUAACCCAGGACACUUAAUCAUGGCACGAGUAACAACGCUUUCUCUUCUCGCAUUCUUCGCAUUCAUUGCUCCUUUUACGCACGCCAUCAAAUUCGCCCUCCCAGCAGCUCGUUUACCCAUCCCAAAAUGUAUAUGGAACGCUGCACAUAUCCAUGCACUUGUCAUCGUCACCGCCAACGUUGGACCUGGGACCCACCAACGGGUAGACAUCGAAAUUUUAGAUUCAACACCCCAUCGCAACGUCUAUCUCUCAAAACGCGACAUCAAAGGCGAGACAAGACUUGCUGUCACAGCACAUGGCGAAGGAGAGGUUGGAGUCUGUUUCAAGAAUUAUCUAUCCCCUGACAUCAAACUAGACAUGGCGCGGAAUAUGUCGCGCACCGUCGAUCUGGAUAUUGAUAUUGGGGCUGACGCUGUUGACUACAAUGCAAUUGCAAACCAAGAAUCACUCUCUGGACUUGAGACAGAAAUGCGAAAACUGGAAGGCGUUGUAAAAGAGAUAGUUGACGAGCUCGAAUAUCUUAAGAAGCGCGAAGAACGUUUUUCAGACACCAAUCUCGUGACGAAUCGCCGCGUGCAGAAUUUUGCGUGGUUCACCAUUCUUGCCCUCGCGGCCCUUGGUGUUUGGCAAAUUCUUCACCUUCGGUCGUUUUUCAAGCGCAAGUACCUCAUUGACUGAUGAGUGUGUGAAGUGUGCAAUGUGGAUGACAGUACUGCUUAUAACUUGGGAGAUGUGCGGUAGGACGCUCCUGUCCUCUAUAUCAGAAGCAAUAUACACCACUUCAUUAUACAGGAAGUCAUCCAUUUUUUCUGCUUCAAU